GAACAUCGAUCGGAGGCUAUUUGACACUUGCCUUCGUGUGUAGAACACAGCAGUUGAAUAGAACUUUCCGAGGUGAACACAUGCACAUACGUUCCUUAUAGUCCGUGCAUAGAAUCCCGUCGACCUGCAUUCAUUUAUCUUCCUGGUGAAAGCGUUAAGAGAGGUUCUAACCUAUCGUGAAUUUAGUUGAGCCCUGCACAGUGAGUGGCUCCGAUCAGGAAGUUAGCGGAGUGGGACCCAACACUAACAGGAUCGCGAGGCUUCACUCGGCCUUACAGCGUGACUGUCUGUCAGUGGAGACAACUUGCACUUCGGACCAAGCGAUUGCCCUGGCAAAGGACAGAGAGUUCCACAGGGUGGUAAAAGCGUAGAGAAAGAAAGAAAAACACAAGACAUCCAAGAUGCCACUACAAAACGUGGAUAGGCAGGGUGGUAAACAGUAUGGCAAACUUAAACAUCAGCAAUCUAUAACCUUGGAUGACAUAAACAAGGAAUUUUUGGAAGAUGAAGACUAUAAGGACUUCGAGGAUUUGGAAGAGCGGCUUAAUGCUUACAAAGAUCAGUUUAUGGAAUUUGACGAUGACAACUCUGGGGACAUAGAUAUUAUGGAGCUGAAAAGGAUGAUGGAGAAGCUAGGCCAGGCCAAGACUCACCUGGAGUUAAAGAAAAUGAUCAGCGAAGUGGACACAACAAACUCUGGUACCAUCUCAUACCACGAAUUUCUCAACAUGAUGCUAGGCAACAAACACUCGGUAUUAAAACUAAUUCUGAUGUUUGAGGAGAAGAAGAAGCAGAAGGAAUCUCCUCGCGGACCUCCCCCCAAGAGGGACUUGUCCAGCUUACCUUAACUCUCCAUCCCACCAAAUUGUAGACCACAGCCGGACUAGAGUCUUGGGCUUCCCUAUACACCUGCAACAUUGGGCAGAAGAGGCGGACCUUGACCUUGACGGGUUUUAUGUCUGUAGGCGGUAUAGCUCGAACGUACACAUUGUGCUUCGCUAGGUUUUGUUUGAUCUGUUUGGUAAAUCAUGUCAUAUUUGCAUGUUCAGUUUUAUCCUGAACGUUCAGUGUUAUCUCAUUAAUGUACAUAUGUUAAGGAAGUAAAAGAGGUGUAAGAUCGAUAUGAACCUGCAACUCCGAUCUGGUUUUUACGUCUAUCGUUAUCAUUUGUAAUUUGUCCUCGGUUUUAUCUUUUACUGUUAAUGAUUUACUGGACUACCAGGAAGCGGUAAACUAUCCCCAGUGUACUCCUAUGGGGCACAAAGCCACUAUUACAGAUAGCUGCUUGUAUCGCCUACUGUUUAUUCUGGCUUUGCAUCGCCUCCUGUCUAUUCUGGCUUUUUAUCGCCUUCUGUCUGUUCUGGCUUUGUAUCGCCUUCUGUCUGUUCUGGCUUUGUAUGUGGCUUGGUGUGUCUAGAGAGAGGGCGUAGAGACAGACAGUUAUCAAGUCGUAUAUUUUAAUAACUAUUUACCUAUGUUCAGAAUUAAAUCAAUUUCCCAAACUGUUUAUUUUAAAUCUUUGCUGGAUAAUGUUUUAAAGCGUUCGAGGAGAUGUUGUAAAAUUUGUUCCCGACGUAACACAGUUUGACUAACCUUGGUAGACGGCGCAAUAAAUGUGAUUCCAUUAAACUGGCACUUUAUAUAAAGCAAUAAAUAGGUCAUUAUGACUUUUUAUAUACAUAUAUAUGUACAUAUUCGAGCAAGACUACUGCAAUACAAAAAAAUAGUUUUGUUUUGUCAAAUGGUGAACUGAUUUCAGUUUUGUAUGAUUUUUUUUUAAGUUGAUGAAAUGUUUUCAAGAUGGUGUAUUCACAAACUAGAGAGGAUGGAGAUAUAUCUUUGAUGGAAUGAAAAUCAUGCUGUUAAAAUUAAUGCAGGUAAUUAUCAGUUAAGCACAAAACACGGUCUCCCAUCAAUCUUAUUUGAGCAGAUUUUGUUUUUAGUCACUUUGGUGAAACACAUAAAUCUGAAUCUUCAGUUUAUCUUAU